GCUUUUUAAUAAACCAAAGGCAGGUUCUCUUUGGCAAUCCCCUCUCCAAGCUUUUCUUUUGGAUCCUGUGCUCAUGCCUACCACCACCGCCUCCUCGCAAAGCCCAAGGUGCGUCAGCUUCUUCAGCCUAAGGGGCUGCUCGGCCGGGCCCCGGGUGCGGCGAUCUCCGCCGGGCCAUGGGCAGCCUGCAGGCUGUGGGAGGAUCGACCGCGUGGCCACAUGGGUCGGGAACGGCGUCGCCGCCGCCUUCUUCGCAUCGUUGGAGCGGUGCUCCUGCAUCAACAUCGACACGGACGACGACCGCGACGAGGCCAAGGACGUGCCGCUGAUGUACGACGAUGGGAACGCCCGGCGUGAGGCCGGCGGGCUUGGAAGACGCCAGAGGGGGAGGAGGAAGGGGAAGGGGAAGAAGAGCGGAGGUGGGUGUUUUAAUGACUUCAUGUAUGAUGAUAAGUAGAAGCUUCGCUUAAACUAGGGGAAAGUAUUUGUGAUAUGCUGUAUUCUGUCUAUUAUUCUUCCAUGGAUAUUGUGGAUGUUUGUAUGCUUCCGUCAAUUAUUUUUCUGAGAUUCGCCAUGUUCUGGAUCACUGAAUUUUCGGUCAUAAUUAUUAAAUUUUGUUCA